AUGGCCAGUCCGCCUCUGCCGGGCCCGUACUCGACCGACCUCCCGACGGUGCCGGAAUGGCUGAACAAGGGCGACAACGCGUGGCAGCUGACGGCGGCGACGUUCGUGGGCAUCCAGUCCAUGCCGGGCCUGGUGGUGCUCUACGGCAGCAUCGUCAAGAAGAAGUGGGCCGUCAACUCGGCCUUCAUGGCACUCUACGCCUACGCCUCCACGCUCAUCGUCUGGGUGCUCCUCGCCUUCCGCAUGGCGUUCGGCGACCGCCUCUUCCCGUUCUGGGGCAAGGCCGGCCCGGCGCUGACGCAGGAGUUCCUCGUGGCGCGCGCGUCCUUCCCGGCCACGGCGCACUACGGCGCCGGCGGCAAGCUGGAGGUGGGCCCCACGCAGCCCUUCUACCCGGAGGCGUCGCUGGUGCUGUUCCAGUUCCAGCUCGCGGCCAUCACGCUGGUGCUGCUGGCCGGGGCGCUGCUGGGGCGGAUGAACAUCAGGGCGUGGAUGGCCUUCACGCCGCUGUGGCUGCUCCUCUCCUACACCGUCUGCGCAUUUAGCCUCUGGGGCGGCGGCUUCCUCUACCACUGGGGCGUCAUCGACUACUCCGGCGGAUACGUCGUCCACCUCUCCUCCGGCGUCGCCGGAUUCACCGCCGCCUACUGGGUGGGUCCGAGGAUGAAGAGUGACAGGGAGAGAUUCGCGCCGAACAACAUUCUUCUCAUGAUCGUCGGCGGCGGGUUGCUGUGGCUUGGCUGGGCCGGGUUCAACGGCGGCGCGCCGUACGCCCCGAACCUCACCGCGUCCAUCGCGGUGCUCAACACCAACGUCAGCGCGGCGGCGAGCCUCCUCACCUGGACCUGCCUGGACGUCAUCUUCUUCGGCAAACCCUCCGUGAUCGGCGCCGUGCAGGGUAUGAUGACCGGACUCGUUUGCAUCACCCCCGGCGCAGGGCUGGUGCACACGUGGGCGGCGAUGCUGAUGGGCAUCUCCGCCGGCAGCAUGCCGUGGCUCACCAUGAUGGUCCUCCACAAGCGGUCCACCCUCCUGCAGAAGGUGGACGACACCCUCGCCGUGUUCCACACCCACGCCGUCGCCGGCCUCCUCGGCGGCCUCCUCACGGGGCUACUCGCCACCCCGGAGCUUACCUCCCUGCACACGCACGUCCCGGGCACGCGCGGCGCCUUCUACGGCGGCGGCAUCGCGCAGGUGGGUAAGCAGCUCGCCGCGGCGCUCUUCGUCGUCGUCUGGAACGUCGUGGUCACCACCGGCAUCCUCCUCUGCGUGGGCCUCGUCAUCCCGCUGCGCAUGCCCGACGACGAGCUCAAGAUCGGCGACGACGCGGCGCACGGGGAGGAGGCCUACGCGCUCUGGGGAGACGGCGAGAGGUUCGACGUGUCACGGCGCGCGGCCGCGAGGUCCAACGUGGUUGGCGACCAGACGGUGGACCAGCGUCUCGCAGCCAUGGGAGCUCGAGGUGUCACCGUUCAGUUGUAG